AAUGCUUCUACCGAGAGUGCAAAUACUUUUCAUUAAAAAAUGACUAAUAAUUGUAAAAACUUCCAAAGCAAAUAUCCAAAGACCACAAGCUUCAUAUCCUUAUCUGCUCACACUCCGUCCCUCUCUUAAAAUGGUGGACGCUGUGGUGAGUGUGUGUCUGGAGAAAGUCUUCAACAUCCUUGAAGAAAAAGGCCGAGUUGUGUCCGAAUACGGCAAAGAAUUGAAAGGUUUGCAAAAUGACUUGAAGUAUAUGCAGAUCUUUCUCAAAGACGCAGAGAGGCGAAAGAGGACGGACGAACUGAUGCGCAAACUCGUGUCAGACUUGCGAGAACUGGUUUACGAAGCUGAGGACAUAAUCAUGGACUGUCAGCUCGAGGAUAAUAACAACGAGAAAAGGUCUUCAAGGGCGUGGCUUUCACGGUUCAGUCCUGCUAGAGUUCCCCAGCAGUACAAGAAAAGCAAACGUCUCAAAGAGAUCAACGAGGAGAUAUCAGCCAUAAAGACUAAGGUCGGGUCUUAUUUCGAGCUCAGAGCGCCGAGUAAUGUGGGAAGAGAUGAUGGAACUGAUCGUUGGAGCUCUACGGUGUAUGAUCACAGUCAAGUGGUUGGCUUGGAAGAAGACAAACGAAAGAUCAAAGAGUGGCUUUUUAAUACGAAAGAGAGCGAGUUGCUGACGGUGGCCUUUGUAGGAAUGGGAGGGUUAGGUAAAACCACUAUUGCUCAAGAAGUGUUCAAUGACAAGGAGAUCGAGAAACGUUUCGAAAAAAGGAUAUGGGUCACUGUGACCCAAAAAUUUACCGAAGAACAGAUCAUGAGAAGCAUAUUGAGGAACUUGGGUGACGCCAGUGUUGGAGACGAUCCUGGAACUUUGCUGAGGAAGAUCUAUCAGUAUCUUACGGGGAAACGGUACUUGAUUGUGAUGGACGAUGUAUGGGACAAGGACUUGAGUUGGUGGGACAAGAUCUGCCAAGGACUGCCUAGAGGACAAUGUGGCAGCGUUAUCGUGACCACAAGAUCAGAGUUAGUCGCUAGAAAGGUUCAGGCGAGAGAAGACAAGACUCACCGUCCAGAGCUCCUUAGUGGCGACAACAGCUGGCUGCUGUUUUGUAAAGUGGCGUUUGCAGCAAAUAGUGGUGUUUGUGAGCCUCCUGAGCUUGAGGAUAUCGGCAAGGAGAUUGUAACCAAAUGCAAAGGCUUGCCUCUGAUGAUCAAAGCUGUUGGUGGUUUACUUCUGUGCAAAGACCAUGUCUAUCAUGAAUGGAGAAGAAUCGAAGAGUCUUUACAAGAUGAACUGAGGGAAAACAAUUCUGUAACCGAGAAUGUGAUGUCUUCUCUUCAGCUGAGCUAUGACGAACUCCCUUCUCACCUCAAAUCAUGCUUUCUCACGCUUUCACUCUAUCCAGAAGACUGUGUUAUACCGAAACAGCAACUCCUACAUGGAUGGAUCGGGGAAGGGUUUGUCAUGUUGAGAAACGGUAAAUCUUCAACCGUAUCAGGAGAAGACUGCUUUUCAGGGCUCACCAACAGGUGUCUAGUUGAAGUUGUUGACAAAACCUAUAGUGGAACCAUCCUUACUUGCAAGAUUCAUGACAUGAUUCGUGAUUUGGUUAUCGAGAUAGCAAAGAAUGAUUCUUUCUCUGACCCUGAAGGCCUCGACUGUCGUCACCUUGGGAUUAGUGGAAACAACAAGCAGAUCAGAGUUAACCAUAAACUAAGAGGCCUAGUGUCAACGACCAAGACAGGUGAAGUGAACGAGCUUAACUCAGACCUAGCUAAGAAGUUCACCGACUGCAAGUAUCUGCGAGUUUUUGAUAUCUCAAAAUCCAUAUUUGAUGCUCCUCUGUCUGAUAUUUUGGAUGAGAUUGCGAGCCUUAAGCACCUGGCGUGUCUUAGCAUGAGCAACACGCAUCCACUGACCCAUCUCCCUCGUUCCAUGGAAGAACUCCAGAAUCUUCAGAUUCUAGACGCGAGCUACUGUCAGAGUCUGAAACAGCUUCAACCUUGCAUUGUCUUGUUCAAGAAACUUCUUGUACUCGACAUGACAAACUGUGGAUCGCUUGAGUACUUCCCCAAGGGAAUCGGAAGUCUCGGGAACCUCGAAGUGCUGUUGGGGUUUAAGCCGUCCAUGUCAAGCAAUGGGAGCAAGCUCAGUGAAGUCAGAAGCCUCACAAACCUCAGGAAACUUGGUCUUUCUCUGACUUGUGGCGACCAGAUAGGAGAAGAUGAGCUUGACUCUUUGAUAAAUCUAUCCAAGCUUAUGUUAAUCUCCAUCAACUACUUCGGUAGCUUUGGAGAUGAUCUCAUAAACAAAAUAGAUGCGCUCACUCCUCCACGCCAGCUCCACGAACUCUCUCUAGAAUUCUAUCCUGGAAAGUCUAGUCCAUCGUGGUUGAGUCCUAGCACGCUUCCGAUGUUGAGGUACAUGUCGAUAUGCUCAGGUAAUUUGGCCAAAAUGCAUCAAAAUUUCUGGAAAACCGAGACUAACACUCGCUGGAGAAUCGAAGCUUUGAUGUUUCAUUCCUUGUCGGAACUAGACAUAGAUUGGGAAGAGCUUCAACGGUCAAUGCCGUACCUUAGGACAGUGCACGCAAACUGGUGUCCGGAGCUAGAGAGUUUCCCGAUCGAAGAUGUCGGCUUUAGAGGAGGAGUGUGGGCGAAAACACCACCACCACACAGGACCUGAUCAUGCCACGUUUUCAAGCAAACCGUUCAAUGUUUAUGUAUCAAUCAGCAAACGAUAAAAUUGGUGUAUUACAGAACAAUGUCAUGUAUUUGGAUAUUAUAUUGAAACUUCCUGGCCC